CAGGUCCGCCCAGGACCGCCGAAAGCAUCAGCCCUGAUGGCCUGCGCAUCGGACGCGAGUCCGAUCGCCUACUACUACUGCGAGGUCGGCGUGCGCGAGCGCCUCGCGCUCUCGCGCACGAGCCGGCCGGAGGAGCGCACGGAGGGCUCCUUCCUGCUGCAGGCCCGGUUCGAGCCGUCGGUGCUGCGGCGCCUGCCUUUGGAGGAGCGGCCUGGCGUCCGCUUCGCGCCCGAGGUGGCCAUGUUCUGCUUCCCGCACGGCGUGCGCCUCGUGAACGCCUCCGUCGCCGCCGCCAACGCCAUCCCGAAAGUCACGUCCUUUGUGCUGACCGCGUCGGAUAAGUCGCGGAUGUACGGCGCGUGCAUCGUGUGGUACGAGCCGCUGCCCGACGGGGUGGUGCAGGCGUGCGUUGACGAGGUGAUGCCCGAGUGCGACGGCGUCGAGCGGGCCGCGGAGAGGGCGCUGGCCGGAGAGCUGCACGCGCCAGAGGCCAUCUGCUUGCUCUCGUCUGCUCCAAUCUUUGAGGCGCUCAACAGCUGCUGCCGGCAGCUCUUUCGAAUGCGGCUCUCUGGCGGCGACCCCGCGUCGACAGAGUACAUGCUGACGGAGGCGUCGCUGCGCCCGCUGCUCACCACGCCGCUGCCAGACUACGGCGGGCGAGUCGACGUCCCGCUGGGGAACGUCUCCAUCCACGUCGUCAUCCCUCCGGCGAACGAGCUGCCUCACACGAUGGCCGGUCGCGACUUUCUGCUGCUGUUCGAGUGCCUCGACGUCUCCUCGGUGAUCGUUCUGUGGGCGCUGCUGCUGGCGGAGCAAAAGGUGCUGCUCCAGGCCGACCGCGCGGAGACGCUCUCGCUGCUCGAGGCUGCCCGGCAGACGCACGUGCUGACGAUGGCGGCGGAGUCGCUCUGCGCUCUCCUCUUUCCGUUCUCGUGGCAGCACGUCUACAUCCCGAUCCUCCCCGCGUCGCUGCUCGACAUUCUGCAGGCGCCGGCGCCGGCGCCGGUGCCCUUUCUGAUCGGAAUCGACGAAGAGGUGCUGGGCAUGGCGGAGCAGGGGGGGCUGGUGCCGGACGACGUCGUGCAGGUCGACCUCUCUAACUACAUGGCACUCGAGACUCCGGCCGGAUCGCUGGCGGAGAUGAGCGAGGGUGAGGUUGCCGCCGCGGUCAGCCGCAUCAAGGCCGGCUUCCUCCGCUUCUUUGUCUCGAUGAUGGAGCUCCUCAUCGUGCCGUCCUCCACCAUCAAGCAGCCCGCGGCCGUCGACUUCUUCGACGAGCGCCGCUGGCGGGCCUUAGAAGCGGACUCUACGUUUACGCAGUGGCUGGAGGCGCGGCUGGCGCCGUCCGCGGAGCCCGAGCUCGAGAUUGUCUUCUUUAACGAGCAGAUCGACGCGAAGAUCAUGCGCUCCACAAAGGGCCGCCUCCUCGCCAAGCACACGACGCCGCUCCUGUCGACGGGGGUGAUGCCGAGCGGCGGAUAUGGCGGCAGCCUCGUGCCGCCGCAGGUGCGGACCGUCUACAACGCCUCGAUGAUCGCGGCGAGGCCGGUGCAGGCGCAGCAGCAGGAGUUCUCCCGCCAGCUGCUCUGGAGCCGCGUCAACGUCGCCGCCGCCUUGCGCGUGCAUGUCUGUGCGUGGCCGUCGGAGGGCGCGGAGCAGCUGGCGCCCUUUGCGGCGUACGGGCUCGACAAUCUCGCGGCGCGCGAGACUGACGGCUCGGGCGGCGAGUUGCCGCUCUGUGUCGUGGCGCAAGGCUUCGCUUCGGUCUUUGUUCUCGACUACUUUGCGCGCGCCCAGGCGGCGGCGGAGGAGGAGGAGGCGGCGGCGAGGACGGACAUGGCAUUGACGGCCAUGCAGCGGAAGCAUCCGCACCUGCGCGGCGGAUGGGCGAACUUCCACCCAAAGGGCGACCCGCUCAGCUUGCCGCUCGCGCCGUGUUGCCCCGCCAUCGCGCAGGAGCACGCCUUGACUGUCCGGCCGCGGCGCGACCAGCCGUUGCCCCUCGCUUGCCUCGCGGACGUCGCCGGCGUGGUGCGGCCCGUUGCGCAGGCCGUGUCGUGGGUGUGGCAGGAUACCAACCGCUGAGGCGCGGCGCACUGAGCUAGCCUCGUUCGGUCGCCGCUGCAUUCAGCACAGCAGCACACUCUCACUGUCCGUGGAGGGUGGGUGGCGCAGCGAUCAGGUGCUUCCCGCCCACUUUCUGUCUAUGUGGAAUGCGUACCGAUGCCCUGAUGAGCUCUCGUCUCUACUUGGUGUAUAAACGUGCAACGAAAAUCCCA